AUGGGCGACUUCAUCCCGGGGCUCCCGGAGGACCUGGCCCGGGAGUGCCUGGUGCGGCUGGGGUUCGACCAGCUCCCCGCGGCGCGCCGCGUCUCGCGCGGCUGGAAGGCCGAGGUCGAGUCUCCCUUCCACCACCGCCUCCGCCGGCCCCGCCCGCUCCUCGCACUCGCGCAGGCCCGGCCACCGCUCGCGGACUCCGGCCCGGCACGCAAGUACGCCGCCGCGGCGGGCUACUCCUACCGCCUCGUGCUCCACGACCCGGGCGCCGGCACGUGGACGCCGCUCCCUCCUCUCCCCGGCGGCGGCGGAGGCCUCCCGCUGUUCUGCCAGCUCGCCGCGGUCGGCGAGGGUCCGUCGACGAAGCUGGUGGUGCUGGGCGGGUGGGAUCCCGAGACGUGGGCGCCGACGGCCGCGGUGCACGUGUACGACUUCCUGGCCGGCGUCUGGCGGCGCGGCGCGGACAUGCCGCCGCCGCGGCGGUCGUUCUUCGCGUGCGCGGCGGUCGGCAGCAGGGUGUUCGUGGCCGGGGGCCACGACGUGGAGAAGAACGCGCUGCGGUCGGCGGCCGCGUACGACGCCGAGGCCGAUGCGUGGGCGGCGCUCCCGGACAUGGCGCGGGAGCGGGACGAGGCCAGGGGCGUCCGCGCCGGCGGCGGCAGGUUUGUCGCCCUCGGCGGGUACUCGACGGAAGGGCAGGGCCGGUUCGCCGGCUCCGCCGAGGCGUUCGACCCGUCCACCUGGUCGUGGGGCCCCGUGCGGGAGCGGGUGAUCGAGGACGGCGCGUGCCCGAGGACCUGCUGCGCCGCCGCCGCGGGGAAUGGGAUGAUGUACAUGCUCGACGCCGGGCGCGUCAUGGCGCGGGACGCCGAAGAUGGCGGCGCGUGGCGGACCGUGGCGCGCGUGCCGGAGGACGGGCGCGCGGCGGCCACGGAGGUCGCAGCCAUCGGGGAAGGCCGCGUGGCCGUCGUCGGCUCCGCGUGCCACGGCGCCGAGCAGGCCGUGUACGUGCUGAGCCACGGCGAUGCGACGGCGCCGUCGUGGACGCGCGCCGCGGCGCCGCCGGAGUUCACCGGGCACGUGCAGGCCGCAUGCUGUGUACAGAUAUAG